AUGCCGAGAGAACAAAGAUUCACUGCCAGAGAUAUCCCCGUCAAUUCGGUUACUGUAUUCUCAGAUCGGGCCGAGUUACGGAGAUCUUUUGAUGUAGCUUUAAUGGAAGGUUUGAAUACAGUAGUCAUUGAGGUAAAUGAUUCUUUUGUACUAAUACAAACAUCAUUAGAACGUAUCUCCUUUUAUCGACGGGGAUUCUAUUAGAGUGGAUGGACAAGGCUCAGCAACGAUUCAAGAGGUGAACUUCGUAACGGAACCUUCAACGGACGCUGAAAAUGAUAGUCCUCAGAUUAAGGAAUGGACAAGGCGAUUAAAUGAAUUAUUAAAUAAGAAAGCGGUGGUUGAUGAGGAUAUCAAAGUGAACUCAAAGAAGAUCAAAAGUCUAGAUGACAUUGCUGAGAAUGUAAGGAGUACUGUAAUUUUAGUCAUUUUUAUAUACAGUUGGGAAAACUCACUUUCACGACUGGAACCAUGACUGUUGACGAUGUCAUCGAGCAUAAUCUUGAGAGAUUCUUCACUUAUUAUGGGAAAAAAUCAACCGAAAUCAACGCCAAACUUCGUAAUAUUACAGUAGAAUAUCGCGAACUCCAAGAAAAUAUAAGCAAGAUUCAGCGUCAAAUAGAAGCCCAACGAAGUGGAGAAAAGGUGAAGAGAUGUAUUUACAUUUUACUCGACACCUACAUGAAGGAGACCUCGGCCGAAGUGAACCUCACUUAUCAAGUGACCAAUGCUUUCUGGACUCCCAGUUUUGACAUCCGAGUGAAUACCACCAUCUCGAAUGGAGUAAAAUUGUAUUACUUUGGGAAUGUUCAUCAGAAAUGUGGAGAAGAUUGGAAUCAGGUGGAUCUGAUGUUAAGCACGGCUCAGCCAAAUUAUGGAGGUCAGCUUCCUCAUCUGGGCACUUUGAAUGUACAAUUCCCUCAGGGCACGGUCGAGUUUGCCGAUCCGAAUGUGAGGAUUGUGACCAGAAAAGCUGACGGUUCCAUUGGUGCCCCAAAAGUGGAGAGUCAUGUUUUGUCGACCACUUUUAGAAUCCCUGAGAAAAAAAUUAUAAAAUCAGAUGGGUCCGAUCAUAAGAUAACGAUUGUGGCCUUGGAUUUGGAGCCCGUCUUACACUUUGAUUGUGUCCCUCGAAAGAAUCUGAAUGUCUUCUUGACAGCGAGUAUAAUCAACACCUCCACUUACCCUCUGCUCUCUGGAUUGGCCUCGAUUUAUGUGGAUAACAACUUCUCUGCCAAAGUCCAGUUACCCUCAAUCUAUUCUGGAGAGAGAUUCGAUUGUUCUUUGGGGGUCGACCCAUCAAUUAAAGUAUUUUAUAAACCCAUCACAAAGUACCAACAAAGGUCCGGAAUGUUGAAUAAUUACACGGUCGCUAUUUACGAGCAGAAGGUCGUGGUCAAGAAUUCAAAAACGGAUGAGUCCGUGGUGGUUACCCUCAUCGACCAUCUUCCUAAAACCACUGAUGAAAAGAUAAGAGUAAUAUUUUUCUUUUAAUCUGACGCAUUUUAUAAAAUUUUUACUGUCAUUAUUUUACUUGCAGAUCAAGUUGUAUACCCCAGAUUUGAAACCGACCCAACAAUUCACAGGAAUCGGGACCAACGAUGAUUUGAAGCCGUUAAAAGCCCCAGAAUUGGGCGCUAAAUUAAACGAAAACCACAAUGUGGAAUGGACAGUUUUGUUGAAUCCAAUGGAAGAAAAGGAAUACGUGAUCAAGUAUGGAGUCGAGAUUCCGCCUGGAGAACUUGUAGAAUAUGCCGAGGAACAAUUUCAUUAG